AGUUUGCGUCAGUCUCAUUAAAAAUAGUGAAAAUAUAUUGGUAAACGCAGCGAUGAACCGAAGUGGGAUCGUAUCGAGUCUUGGAGAUAUAGAUCCAAAGAUUUAAUGAUUUUAUUUCCCUAAAAUUUCUACUGCAAUCGCGUUUGGGCUGAGCUACAUUUCAUUUCGAUCGACCAAUUUAUACAAAUAAUAUUAUUUUUAUAAUUUCUCGAGGGCGAGAUAUGUGGGACGAGUUGCCAUUUUCUGACGAAGAAGACGAUCCGAGACUCAGUGGUCACUCUCACGCAGGACGAACAAGAGAACGAGAAAUACUUGCCGCGGUGGACGGACCAGGAGAGGAGAUAACGUGGAGCGAUAUUUUAAGCAAUUACGAUUAUUACAUAUCGAAAGAGUUUGAUUCAGUUAAGAGAAAAUGCCGGGAAGGCAUACCGCCGGAAGUGAGACCGGAAGCAUGGUUUUGGCUGUCCGGUGGUCGGAAUGCGAUGGAGGAAAAUCCAAACUUAUUCCCGCGACUGAUGGAGAAAAAUGUAUCUGAAAAAAUCAACGUUGAUAUAAAAAAAGAUCUUCAUAGACUGUUCCCUCAUCAUGUGCUCUUUGCGGACAACAGACCUGGCCAAAAACAACUGUUGGCAAUAUUACAAGUUUACUCGGUUUAUAACCAAAAAAGUGGAUACUGCCAAGACCAAGGACCGGUCGUCGGUUUUAUCUUAACGCAUAUGAAACUCAGUCAUACAACCUUUUAUACUUUCGUCGCAAUCUGUGAAGACUUUCUCGCUAGUUAUCACAAUCCAGACCCGGAACGCUUCCAGCAAGAUGGAAACAUUUUGUACCACUUUUUGGAAAAAUUUUCACCAGUCUCCUAUCAACAUUUGGCCGAUCAAGGCAUUGAUCCAAUAUUGUUCAUUCCUGAGUGGUACACGUGCGUCUACACGCGCACAUUGCCACCGGAGAGUUUAGUUCGUGUCUGGGACAUGGUUCUCUGCGAGGGAUUUCCGGUGAUCCUCAAAGUUGCUCUAGCCUUGAUAAAAGGUUGCUUCGAAAAUUCGUCGAUAAGAAAGCGUUGUUCCACGAUGCACGAAAGUCUCGAAGUAUUAAAAAAUUUACCCCAUGAAAUAAUCGAUGCGGAGACUUUGAUGGCUGAGGUCCGACGAAUUGAUUUAAGGCCGCAGGGUUACCACUAGGCAGCCAUGAAACAACCGUUUUGAGUUCUAGGAACAAGGUGACCUUCACCGUAAACGGGUUGGCUGUGAGGAAUAAAAAAUAACAAUAAAACAAUAAUUGAUAAAGAGUGAGCGAAGAAAGGAUAAAUAAAGGAUCGUGAAGUUUGAAGAUAAA